AAUAAUCAUAUGUAAACAAACGCAUGCGAGAUGGGUCUUCGCGUUCUGGAGUUAUUCAGCGGUAUCGGUGGAAUGCAUUAUGCGUUCAAAUAUGCACAACUUCAGGGCGAAGUUGUAGGCGCCAUGGAUGUAAACACGGUGGCCAAUGCCGUCUAUGCGCACAAUUUUGGUCUUAAGACCGUUAAAACGCGAAAUAUUCAAAGCCUCAGCGAAAAGGAAGUCACGAAACUAAACGCCAAUAUGAUUUUAAUGUCGCCACCGUGCCAACCACACACGCGUCAGGGAUUGCAAAAGGACACUGAGGACAGGCGGUCUGACGCACUCACUCACCUUUGUGGGCUUAUUCCGGAGUGCAAAUCCCUACAGUACAUUCUCAUGGAGAAUGUCAAGGGAUUCGAGUGCUCCCAGGCAAGAAAUCAGUUUGUGGAAGCCUUGGAAAAGGCGGAGUUCUAUUGGAGAGAGUUCAUAUUAACACCCACCCAAUUUAACGUCCCCAAUACCCGACACCGGUACUACUGCAUCGCUCGCAAGCACCAAGAUUUUUUAUUUCCUGGUGGAAAAAUCUGGGAAGAUUUCCCUGGGUUUAAUGAAGAUGGGCAAGCUUCUACGAAAAUCGGAGAAAUAAUAGAACCUCAUGUAGGGUCGGAGUUCCUCGUCCCAAAUGAUGUUUUAACUAAAAGAGUUCUGGUCAUGGAUAUAAUUCACCCCACACAAAGCAGAUCAAUGUGCUUUACAAAGGGUUACACCCAUUACACUGAAGGUACAGGGUCGGCAUACACUCCACUUUCGGAAGAGGAAUCGCAUAGAAUAUUUAAAUUGCUGGAGGAAACGGAAGAUUUGGAAGUCCGAUUGGAUUUGCUUCACCAAAUAAAAUUACGGUAUUUUACGCCGCGGGAGGUUGCAAGGCUGAUGAGUUUUCCUGAGGAAUUCACUUUUCCGGACGAGACAACGAAUCGGCAGAAGUAUCGCCUGCUUGGGAACAGCAUUAAUGUUAAAGUAGUAGGUGAAUUAAUAAAAUUGUUAACCACCAUUUUAAAAUAAAAUUUUU